UUUGUCACUUAAUAACAUAACUAUAAAAUUAAAACACUUUCAGAUAAGGUGCUCAAUAUUUUCAAUAAACUUGUGAUUCCUUAAUUUGCGAGGAAAAAAGGAAAAUUCUUUCUUGAUGACAAAGUAAAAAAAAAAAAAAAAAAAACAAAAGGGGCAUAGAAAUUGGUAACGGUAGAUGCAGAGCGUAAGAAGCAGAGGAAGCAGCACGCAGUGUUGUGUUGUGUUUCUUCUCUCUGAGUUCCGAGUGGACUCAGUUUGGAGCAAUGAGUCAGGAAUCGUUCAUAUAUAGCUUCGUGGCUCGUGGGACGAUGGUGUUAGCUGAGUACACAGAGUUCACUGGAAACUUCCCUGCCAUUGCAGCUCAGUGUCUCCAGAAGCUUCCCUCUUCCAACAACAAGUUCACCUACAACUGUGACCAUCACACCUUUAAUUUCCUUGUUGAAGAUGGUUAUGCGUACUGUGUUGUUGCCAAGGAAUCUGUUAGCAAGCAGAUUUCCAUUGCUUUCCUUGAACGUGUCAAAGCUGACUUUAAAAAAAGAUAUGGCGGCGGAAAAGCAGAUACAGCUAUUGCCAAGAGUCUGAACAAAGAGUUUGGACCAGUUAUGAAAGAUCAUAUGAAGUAUAUCAUCGAUCAUGCCCAGGAGAUUGAAAAGCUAAUUAAAGUGAAGGCUCAAGUUUCCGAAGUUAAGAGUAUCAUGUUAGAAAAUAUAGACAAGGCUAUUGAUAGAGGAGAAAAUCUAACAAUUCUUGCAGAUAAGACAGAGACAUUACGUUCACAGGCUCAAGAUUUCAGAAAACAAGGAACACAAGUCCGUCGGAAGAUGUGGUAUCAGAACAUGAAAAUUAAAUUGGUUGUUCUGGGAAUUUUGUUGUUUUUGGUCUUGGUUAUUUGGCUUUCUAUUUGUGGUGGAUUUGACUGUACAAACUAGCAGUGAUUGAAAUUUUCCAGAUAGAUUUUUCAAAAUGAUGUAUUUGUGGACAAUUUAGCAAGAAAAUCAACUCAAAGGGAGAGUUUGGCAAUUGAAAGAUAAAGAAAAUAGCUUACCUUUGGUAGUUGAUAAUGAUGAUAAUAUAUGUUGGAAAUUCUAGAAAAUAGAGGGAGAGGGUAAUGUAUGUGUAGCUGUGUACCAUGUGAUGCACUGUUUGAUCUACAAACAAUACAGUUGUAAAUUUUUUCCUUUUAACUUUUAAUAUACAAAAACUGUUGUCAACUUAA